UCCUCCUCCUCGCCUUCCUCGGGCUCAGCGCGGCGCGCCGGCUGCUCCUCCUUCCUCCUCGGGCGCCCGCGGCGAUGUUUAACCGAGCGGUGAGCCGGCUGAGCAGGAAGCGGCCGCCGUCAGACAUCCACGACAGUGAUGGUGGCUCCAGCAGCAGCCACCAGAGCCUCCGGAGCACAGCCAAGUGGGCGGCCUCCUUGGAGAAUCUGCUGGAAGACCCAGAAGGCGUCAAAAGAUUCCGGGAAUUUUUAAAAAAGGAGUUCAGCGAGGAAAAUGUUUUGUUUUGGCUGGCAUGUGAAGACUUUAAGAAAAUGCAGGAUAAGAAGCAGAUGCAAGAAAAAGCAAAGGAGAUCUACAUGACCUUCCUGUCCAGCAAGGCCUCAUCACAGGUCAACGUGGAGGGCCAGUCUCGGCUCAAUGAAAAGAUCCUGGAAGAACCGCACCCACUGAUGUUCCAGAAGCUCCAGGACCAGAUCUUCAAUCUCAUGAAGUAUGACAGCUACAGCCGCUUCUUGAAGUCUGACUUGUUUCUGAAACACAAGCAAACCGAGGAAGAGGAAGAAGACCCGCCCGACACGCAAACUGCGGCCAAGAGGGCUUCCAGAAUUUACAACACAUGAGCCCCCAAGAAUCCGGGGCUGCCGACGGGAGGGAGCGAAGGACCUCACUCAGGACCGUGCGGGGUUUCCAGUGGCUUUGCUGUGUGCAAGGACUGGAAUAUGCAAACCCUUUUGCGGGCUGUGCGUGUUUUAUUAACUGCUUGACCCGUAAGUUUUGCAUGAUGGCUAAUCUUACAUAAAAACAAAUAGCUUGGAAAGUUUAGUUCACGAGACAGAGCCUCCUUCAACACUGGACACUUUGAGCAUUUUAUCCUUUGAUUAAACCUCAUGUGAGGCCACAAGGUGAACCGUGCAGCC